GUGUGUGUGACUGUGAGUGAGUGUGAGUGUGGUGUGUGUUCAGGGAGUUGUGACAGAUCUGAGGGUCACAUUGCGGUGUGUAUCGCAGCUCCGGGGGGAGGGGAGGAAACAGUCAAACCCAACAACAUCAACACUAAAGCUGCAACAAGAUGAAAGCUGCAAAGAAAGCCUUUGCUAGCCAGAGGUCGGUGGAAUUGACCAUGUCAGACAGCGAGACGGGCGAAGAAGAUGGCAGUUUCUCUCCGGACAUGGCCAAUUCCAAAAAGAGGAAAAGGCAUGUGAUUUUUUCCAAAGAGUCUGUGACCAUCCUGCGGGACUGGCUUUACGAACAUCGACUCAACGCAUAUCCGUCCGAGCAGGAGAAGCUGAGCUUGUCUGGACAGGCUAACCUCACAGUCCUGCAGGUCUCCAAUUGGUUCAUCAACGCAAGGAGAAGACUGUUGCCCGACAUGCUGAGGAAAGACGGCAAAGACCCUCAUCAAUUCACCAUUUCUCGCAAGAGCAAGGCCUCGGAACUGGGCCUCUCACGAAGCCCGAGUGGAACAAGCCCGUCCGAGAACUCGGGGACGGGCAGCACCUCCCCCAGUUUAUCUCCGUCCGUUCGGCCUUCUGUCAUUUGUCACGCCACCACCAACGCAGCCAAGGAUACGCCUGCAAUCUCCUGCCCGGACUCUGGCAGCAACAACACCACCAACAGCAACAGCAGCAAGAAAACCUCAAAACUGACUGACCAAGAGCUGGUUGCCCCUCACUGCAAAACUAACACUACCACAGAGGCAACCGGUCCAGCCAACGGACUGUUCAACACACCGCCUCCCACUCCGCCAGAGCUCCACCAGGACUUCAGCGGCUUCCAGCUGCUGGUGGACGUGGCACUCCAGCGAGCGGCUGAACUGGAAUCACAGAAACGCAACGUCAAAAUCCAGUCUUAAACCCCACUGCGCGCGCGCGAGAGAGAGAGCGCAGUGGACGGCAGUAGAAACGUCGAGCGAAACCUUUCAGUUGGUUCCAGUCUGCGGACUGACUGACUGUCGAGCGACUGCGAUCGUUUUUCAUCACCCUCGUGAAAUCCCUAUUUGGAGAAAUGACAAUUUUUCCCCAUUCGGACAGGAAGCUUGCAAAGUUUGCCCUCUUGAACUGGAAGUGAAAAUCUGUUGUGAUCGUCUGGUUGAUCGGAGGGAUUUUCCCCCCUCGCUGCCCCCUCUUCUGCC